AUGACUUCAACGGGAUUACCUUCAGCUAUUCCUAUUCAGCCACAAACCACUAACUCCACACCACCGGAGAUACCACAACUUCCCAGAUUGAUUCGGAUAGAGAAUAAAGAUAUGAGUCCAAUGGGCAAGAAUAAUGAAAUAUCGAGUAAUAAGAACGAAUAUAAGACCAGGGCAGUAUCGAUGGAGAACAAGCCAGUGCCGGCAUUGGCACGGAUGAGUAAGCGAUCAUCAUCUGCAUCUAACGAUCUUUUAUACGAAAGGGAUAGAUUCAAGGCUAGGCUUCAGACACUUAAUACUAAAGGAAAUAAUAUACAGAAAGCUAAUGAGCAUGAGGACGUUAUAGAUUCGGAUAAUUGUAGUGUUGUGGACGAAAACUGUGAAGUGUGUGACGGAAUAAUAGGGACAAAAACCACCAAAUUGAAUGUGGAAUCAGACCAAGAGUACAUGAAGAGUUAUGAGUCUGAAGUAGGUUUAUCUCCACUAGAUAGUGGUUCCAAAUUUUAUAAGGAGGACUUAAGGAAGGUACAGCUUCUUGAGGGGAUACAUACCAAAAUUCUGAUUAAAUCUAUUACAUACGGGCAAUUGCAAUAUGUGUUUAAUUGGUACUUCAAUAGACCACUUCCACCUACUAAGGAAAUGUUUCCAUGGCUCCAUGGAAUUCACAAGGAGAAUUUUGCUCAAAGGCAAUAUUUUAUUAGUCAACAAAAUGGAUAUUCAUUGGGUAGUUUUGAUCAGGCCAGGCCAUCAAGUGCAAGGUUUCUAAUGUGUAUCAACUCCUCGUCUGAUAGUUUAUCAGGAAUGCCAUUGCUUAAAAAUACGGUUAAACUUAAUGAAAUAUUACAGCCUAUUGAUAUCUCGAAAGCAGAGGUUUCAGACUUAAUAUUGGACAUUGUUAAUAAGAUAUUUAUCGACGAGGACAAGAAAACUUUAGACGAGUUACUAAAGAUAUUUUGUGGAGAUUGCAUGAGCAUUGGCCAUCUCCCAUUCUUUCUUGAUUUGGACCCAGAUUCAGGUGUCUCGUUGAGGAAUUUUCAUAUUCAAGUCGCUAAGCUGGCCAUUUGCUCUGACUUUGUUGUUUACUGUUUCCAUAAAGAUCAUAGUACUGAUGGUUGUCGUUGUGGUGCUAUUUCCCGAAUCAUGUGGCUAACUCAAAUAUAUAGUGCUUACCGAGAUGGUCAAAAAGAGUCGACAUAUAAAGUUUUCGUUCCUGAUGACGUACAAUUCAUAGACAAUAUAAUACUGAACGAAAUGGAGUACACAAAAUUUGAAGGAUUGUUUACAUUCAAGCCUAAUAAUGCUCUUCUAGCAUCUUCUCUAGAUUCAAACAAAAAAACGCAAUUAAACUUCAAAUUGGACGCGUUUAAAUCUAAUACCUUGUCCAUAUGGGAUAAUGAUUAUCAAAUUAAGGAAAAAAUUGAGACCACAAGAAUGUCGGCUGCUACGAAAAUAAAUAAGAAUGUAUGGGUUGGUAACAUAUGGGACCAUCAAAUAAUGUUAUUUCAAUUACUGAGAAGUUCAGAGAGUUUAGAAGUUAUUUUUGAUACUUCAGGCGCUGCUAAGGAUAUAUAUUGUGAUCCUAAUAAUUCAAUAAUCACAAAAGACACAACUAAAUCCAAUGACAUUUUUUCUUAUUUGCCAAAACCAAAGGCUAAUUGGCGCUUAUUUAUCCACUGUCAUAAUGAUGCUUCGUUUCCAGACCUACCAACACUUUCCUCGUUGCUAUUUAAAUAUACUAUUUCUACUCAUCACUCAAUAGAUCAAGAGUUUCAUACCUUAGAGUUCCCACCUUCAGGGUCAAUAGGACUAGGGGAUUGUCGCAAAGAUGCGUUGAUGUCGAUUGUGAAUACUUGCAAAUUACUUUACUUAUACUCAUCAUCAACCUCAUAUGAUACAGAUGUUUUGAGCUCAUUAAUUUAUUGCUCUGAUGGAUAUACAGAGCUGUCAUUAUUGGUCUUGUGCUAUUUAAUGUAUUCCAAAAAUAUUGAGCUAGACCAGGCAAUACUCGAUUUGCACUUAGAUUACGGCAGGCCGUUUUAUAUUUUUAACACGGAUGUAACAAUAUUGAAGAAAUUACAAACUAUUUUAAACAAAUUCUCCCCUCAUUCAUUAGGAAGUUCCAUAAAUUGGCGGGAGUUAGAAACUAUAACGAAUCAAGAACUUAAUGAAUUAUUUUUACCUCAAAGAUCUAGACCUAACCAACCGAUUGCCAGUAACCUAAGAUUAGGUUAUAUCGUGAAUGAUUCAGACUCGGAUUCUACUUCAGAUGAGGGCGAUGAUGAUUCAGAUUGGGAUGAUGAGUUCUGCUCCCCUACGGACUGGGUGAAGGAUGUUGAAGGUUCAAUACCUUCACGAAUCUUACCAUAUUUAUAUUUGGGAUCUUUAAAGCACGCAAACAGCUUACCCUUACUUUCGAAGUUGGGAAUUAAGAAAGUCAUAUCUGUUGGCGAACCGUUGUACUGGCUUAAUGGAUAUAGGUUUCAAAAGAAUAAUAAUGUCUCUAUAGAUGAAUUGGAUGGUGGAAAUAUUGAGAAGUAUAACAUCACACCAUCGAAUUCUCAGUCCAACGGUUGCUGCGUUGAUACCGUAUUGAAGGUUAAUAACUUACAAGAUGACGGCAUCGAUGAACUAUCAGCUUCUUUACCAAGUAUUCUCAGGUAUAUUGAUAAUGAAUACAAAAAGUCAAAUGGAAAAACUAAAAUCUUGGUCCAUUGUCGUGUUGGUGUUUCCAGAUCAGCCACUGUGGUCAUUGCAGAAGUGAUGAAGAGAUUAAAUAUUUCUUUGCCAAAAGCAUACCUUUAUGUGAGAGUUCGCCGAUUGAAUAUCAUAGUUCAACCAAACUUACGGUUUAUGUAUGAGUUAUUCAAAUGGGAAGAGGAAGAGAAGAGAAAAAUGCUACAGAAUAAUGAAUCUGAUACUAAUGUCGAAAACACUCAAGAUACGCUACGUGAAAUAGAUUGGUUUGUUAUGUGUCGUGAAAUAAUGAACUUAAAUCUACCUUAUUUAGUGAAGUAG